AUGUCUACUUUCAAAGGCAUCAUUGCCGAAUUCCCCCAAAUCAGGAUUGACUACUUCCGACAUCAACCAGAGCACAAAUCACCACUCGCCUGUUUUCUCAGCCAUGUGCAUUCCGAUCAUCUCGUUGGCCUCGAGUCGCUGCGGGCUCCCUUUGUCUAUUGCUCAGCGGCGACACGGGAGUUACUGCUGCGUCUGGAAAAGUACCACUACCGCAUGAACUUUGCUCGAGGCAUUCUCGAGAGCAGGACUGUAACCUACGACAGAAGCAUGCGCAGACUGGCCAAGCCCCUACCCCUGGACACGCCCACCAUCAUCGAGUUGAGUCCUGGUAACACAAUCCGCGUCACGUUACUCGACGCCAACCACUGUGUCGGAGCCGUCAUGUUCCUGAUCGAGGGCAACGGAAAGGCUGUUCUAUAUACCGGCGACAUCCGAGCCGAAACGUGGUGGGUCAAUUCCAUUGUACAGAAUCCCGUCAUUCUACCCUAUACAUGCGGCUCCCGGAGGCUGGACUGCAUAUAUCUGGACACCACUUUUGCUACCAAAAGCUCCCCGUACCGCGAGUUCCCCUCCAAAGCCGAUGGCAUCCGAGAACUCCUGGAGAAAGUGGCCAAGUAUCCUGAUGAUACUAUUUUCUACUUCCAUUCUUGGACAUUUGGUUAUGAAAAUGUCUGGAUCGCCCUGUCUGCCUUCCUGAACGCGCACAUCCAUUUGGACCGCUAUCGAUACGGCAUCUACAAGGCUCUGUCCUCUCUCAAAACCAAGCAACUGCGCGAGUCUGGGCACGAUAUCCGCGAGGCCCCUGCCUUGUGCGGCUACAUGAACGGGAACCAUUUCCAUCCCGGCUGCUUGACCUCUGACACCAACGUUCGGCUCCACAGCUGCGAGCGCGGCGCCGGUUGCCCUGUAGUAGAUCACGACACGGCAGCGAAGGUGGUGCAUAUCAUGCCCAUCAUCACCCGGACCGGCGAUGCUGAGAUUGCCGAGAUUGGCGCCGGAGGAGGUCAGGGUGACCUCGAUCAGAAAGAUGAGCUGGAGACAGCUGAUGUCGGAGACGUGGGGAAGCUCAUCACUCUGUGCGCAGAGAAGAUAGAAGAUCAAGAACUGUUGUCCAAGGUUCUCGCAGUCUUGCAACACUCCCUGAACGACAAGAGCGGAAUGAUCGACCUGGGUCAGGGCCUCCAGAAGGAAAGCGAGAGCCAACAAGCUCAGGACAACUUACCAGUACAGGCGCUUGUAUCUGUGCUUUCAGAGCAGGUCACGGGACAUGCUGAGUAUAGAAACGAGACCAUCCGGUUUCCGUACUCCAGACACUCAUCCUACUCUGAAUUAUGCACCCUUGUCGAUGCGUUAAAGCCGAAGGACGUCUAUCCAUGCACUGUCGAUGAAGACACUUGGACUCCGGAAGUUGGCAUGCGCAGUCUUUUUGGCUCGUAUUGCUCUGCUGAUAUUUUCCGUCAUGAUGCCGAGAUGAUGGAUACAUACGAGUCCAGGAUGGAAAGAGAAGCAAGAGGGAAGCGUGAGGCGGACACACAAACAACAGAGGAUGGGGGCGAUGCAGCUAGCCCUGUUACAAGCAAGAAAGCAAGGGAAGUAGAACAGGUACUUUGUCCAGAGCAAGAUGAACUGGUAGAGGAGACGGUCUUCGUCGAAGAGACCGCGACUCCAUCAUGUUGGCCAGGUCGAAACCCAUCAAACUUCAGCGCUUUUACAGAGAUUUCCGAAAUGCAGGAUAAGGCUGAUAUUCCCGAAGUGCCGCCACAAGCCAGUACGGAGACAAAUCGCAUCGCAGACUCCUAUUCCUCCGAUCCCGUGCUUGCUGCUCCUCCUGCAACCGACUGUGGCCAUGCACCUCGGUCACCGGCGCGUCUGCCUUCCUGCCCUGGCUCUUACGACUCAAAGAAGAGAUCCAAGAACAAGUUUAUCGCCUAUAAUGCAGCCAUGGGCAUCGGUCUGAGCUGGUCAGACCUCGGCGGAUUGGUGUCGACGCGGAAGGAGCCCGAGCAAGAGGAGUUGGAACUAUGA